AUGUUGGUCUAUCAGGAUCUGAUCUCUGGUGACGAGCUGCUGUCCGACUCCUUUGAGGCCAAGGAGAUCCAGAACGGCAUCUUUUAUGAAGUCGAGGGGAAGUGGGUGGUAAAGGGUGGAGUUGAGGUGGACAUCGGAGCCAACCCCUCUGCUGAGGGUGGCGAGGAGGAGGCUGUGGAGGAUCAGGCUGAGAAGGUUGUGGAUAUCGUCGACACCUUCAGACUACAGGAGCAACCACCGUUCGACAAGAAGGCGUUCGCGGGUUACCUGAAGGGUUACGUCCAGAAGCUCGCCGGCCUGAUGCCGGCUGAGAGGGGGGCGCAGUUCAGGGCGGACUCGCCCGCCGCUUGCAAGUGGCUCAUGUCCAAGCUCGCUGACCUGCAGUUCUUUGUUGGUGAGAGCAUGAACUUGGAGGGCUCUAUCGCCUAUGCUUACUACAAGGAUGGUGCUGAGAACCCCACCUUCAUCUAUUUCAAGGAUGGUCUGAAGGAGGUCAAGUGCUAA